AUGAGCUAUAAUCAGAUCAGUGCUAAUGUUGCCAUGAAGGUUCUCAUGCAGUAUGACAAAGCUGUCAACAAUGCUCUUGCUACACGAGUCAAGACUAAGCUCAACUUCAAGUCUGGAAAACUCAACACCUAUAGAUUUUGUGACAAUGUCUGGACCUUCAUGCUGAGUGAUGUGGAGUUCCGAGAGGUGCAAGAGCUCGUUCGGGUGAACAAAGUCAAGAUUGUUGCCUGUGAUGGAAAGGGAGUUGGUAGCAGAAUAGAAGAGAAAGACUGA